AUGAAAUAAAAAUAUGUUGAAAUUGUGUAUCAAUUUAAUAAUAAGGGCCAUAAAUCUUAUAUUUAAGCUAUAUAUAAAAUUCCAGAAAAAGAAUCUACAAAUUUUGCCGUUCUAUUUUAUGCAGCAAUACAAGAUGUUUCAUACGCUUAUUAUUUAAUUUUUUAAACAGAAUUGUACAAUAAAUAUAUUAACAUUAUAAAAAUUGAGGUAAUUAUUUAUAACAUAAUUUUAGUUAUAUUUAAUAAGUAAUUUAUUAAUAUGGUUAAUUAAGAUUAUACAAAGAUAAUUAAUCUCCAAAAUUGUUGAUAGAUUAGAAUGUUAGUAAAGUCAAAGUUUCUGUCUAAUUGAAAAUGAUUAUAUAGAAAGAUAUUUAUAUCUUGAUAUUACAUCAUCUGAUGAUCCAGGUUAAUCUGAUAAUAAUGGUCAUACAAUAUUAUGGGUUAUUUUAGGAAUAGUUGGAGGAUUAAUAGUUUUAGGAGUUAGAUUUUGGUGUGGUAAAAAGAAAUAGUCUAAGAAUGAGCCUCUGUUAUGA